UCUCUCAUGGUGACUUGGAGUGUUUUGUAACUGGAAACGGGAAACUAAUAUUGUCUUAGUUACAUAGUUGCCAUAGACUCCAAAAGGAGAAAGUUUUAGGUUGCUGGGGUUGAGGAAAGGUGGGGUAAUAUUCCCAUAUUUAUGCUGGGUGUUGUAUAGGAGAUGAUACUGAAAGAGAAUUUGUAUGAGGACUCAGCGCACUGGAUCCUGCUGAAAAGCCUCAGAAGCCCCCCAGACCACCCAGACUGGCCACAGCACCCAUCCAAGAGCAGCUCCCCCAUCCAAGGAUAACUCCCCCAUCCAAGCAGAGCUUCCCUCAUCCAGGCAGAGCUUCUCCCAUCCAAGCAGAGCUCCCCCAUCCGAGGAGAGCUCCCCUCAUCGAAAGAGAGCUCCCCAUCCAAGCAGAGCUCCCCGGUCCAGGCAGUCCCUUUGCAUUUUAAACACACGUGCAUUCUGCGGCUAUAGCGCACGGGUUUUGUGUUUUCUUCUCUUCCAGCUCUGGCCCCAAGCGUAGGUAUGUUAAAGAGAAGAGCGCCCAGGAAGCUUUGUGCAGGAAGCCAAGAAGGUGCAACACGGGAGACACAGCGGGGAGACUUUGGCAGGUGGUGCUGGUGACGCACAGAAGUUACUUUGCCUUCGUAAAGAAAAAAAGCCAGCUCUGCUGCUUAUGUAGGUGUGUUCUUGUGCCCCGAGAAGUUGCCCGGGUCGUGCGGCGGCGGCGGAGCGGCGGCGGCUCGUCCUGGGCAGCGGCGGCAGCAGAUGAUGGUGGCGGCGCGGCGGUAGCGCGGCGGCGGCGACAUCCCGCAUCCGCGGAUGCACUGCCCAUCCCCAUCCCCAUCCCCAUCCUCAUCCCCAUCCUCAUCCCCGCGCGGAAGGGACACCUGAGGCUUCGGCAGGCGGGCGGGGAUCGCCGCCGUUCGAAAGGGGAGAGCGUGCCGGGGAAGGCGGGCCGGCGCUCGGCUGUGUGUGCCAGUGGGCAGGGGGCUGGUUAUCAUGGCGGAUCGGACGGCUCCGCGCUGCCAGCUCCGGCUGGAGUGGGUGUACGGCUACCGGGGCCACCAGUGCCGCAACAACCUGUACUACACGGCAGGGAAAGAGGUAGUGUACUUCGUGGCUGGAGUCGGCGUGGUUUACAACACCAGGGAGCACAGCCAGAAAUUCUUCCUCGGGCACAACGACGAUAUUAUCAGCCUUGCAGUUCAUCCGGAUAAAACGUUGAUAGCCACAGGGCAGGUUGGGAAGGACCCCUACAUUUGCAUCUGGGAUUCCUACCGUGUCCAGACCGUGUCUGUCCUGAAGGAUGCGCACACGCACGGAGUCGCCUGCCUGGCCUUCGACUCGGAUGGCCAGCGUUUGGCUUCUGUGGGACUGGAUGCCAAAAACACAGUGUGUAUUUGGGACUGGAAGAGAGGAAAGCUCCUGGCAACAGCUACAGGCCACUCCGACAGGAUAUUUGAUAUUUCCUGGGAUCAGUAUCAGCCAAACAGAAUUGUCAGCUGUGGAGUAAAACACAUAAAGUUUUGGACAUUGUGUGGAAAUGCCCUGACAGCAAAGAGAGGAAUAUUUGGUAAAACGGGAGAUCUCCAAACAAUUCUGUGUUUAGCCUGUGCUAAAGAAGACAUCACCUACUCUGGGGCUUUAAAUGGGGACAUCUAUGUUUGGAAAGGGCUCAACUUGGUCCGCACAAUUCAAGGAGCACACAGUGCUGGAAUUUUUAGUAUGUAUGCUUGUGAAGAAGGCUUUGCCACUGGAGGGAGAGAUGGCUGCAUUCGGCUGUGGGACACUGAGUUCAAACCAAUUACUAAAAUUGAUCUCAGGGAGACCGAACAAGGAUACAAAGGCCUGUCCAUCCGCAGCGUGUGCUGGAAAGCCGACAGGCUCCUGGCAGGGACGCAGGACAGCGAGAUCUUCGAGGUGCUCGUGAGGGAGAGGGACAAGCCCAUGCUGAUCAUGCAGGGCCACUGUGAGGGGGAGCUCUGGGCCCUGGCAGUGCAUCCCAAGAAGCCUUUGGCAGUCACUGGCAGCGACGAUCGCUCCGUGCGGUUAUGGAGCCUUGCUGACCACGCCUUGAUCGCUCGCUGCAAUAUGGAAGAGGCUGUACGGAGUGUGUCCUUCAGUCCUGAUGGAUCCCAGCUGGCACUUGGGAUGAAGGAUGGCUCCUUCAUUGUCCUCAGAGUAAGGGACAUGACCGAGGUCGUUCACAUCAAGGACCGCAAGGAGGUGAUCCAUGAGAUGAAGUUUUCCCCAGAUGGCUCCUACCUGGCCGUGGGCUCCAAUGAUGGGCCCGUGGACAUCUACGCCGUCGCCCAGAGAUACAAAAAAAUUGGGGAAUGCAACAAGUCCUCCAGUUUCAUCACCCACAUCGACUGGUCUGUGGACAGCAAGUUCCUGCAGACCAAUGAUGGUGCUGGGGAGAGGCUGUUCUACAAGAUGCCCUCUGGGAAGCAUCUAACGAGCAAAGAGGAGAUCAAAGGAAUUCACUGGGCCUCAUGGACCUGUGUGAUGGGAUCUGAAGUGAGUGGAAUCUGGCCAAAAUACACAAACGUCACAGAUGUCAACUCUGUGGAUGGGAAUUACAACAGCUCUGUGCUGGUGACUGGCGAUGACUUUGGGCUGGUGAAAUUAUUCAGAUUUCCGUGCCUAAAGAAAGGAGCUAAAUUCAGGAAAUACGUUGGCCACUCAGCCCAUGUCACCAAUGUGCGCUGGUCCCAUGAUUUCCAGUGGGUUUUGAGCACAGGAGGUGCUGAUCACUCCGUUUUUCAGUGGAGAUUUGUUCCAGAAGGGUUAACCAAUGGGAUCCUGGAAGCCUCUCCACAAGCAGAGGGUGGUGUUGAUUCCUACAGUGAGGAAUCAGAUUCUGAUUUAUCCGACGUGCCAGAGUUGGAUUCUGACAUUGAGCAGGAAGCUCAAAUCAACUAUGAUCGCCAGGUUUACAAAGAAGACCUACCUCAGCUGAAACAGCAAAGUAAAGAGAAAAACCAUUCUGUGCCCUUCCUUAAAAGAGAGAGAGCACCUGAGGACAGCUUGAAACUGCAGUUUAUACAUGGGUACAGGGGCUAUGACUGCAGGAACAACCUGUUCUACACGCAGGCAGGGGAGGUGGUUUAUCACAUUGCCGCUGUGGCCGUUGUCUACAACCGGCAGCAGCACUCGCAGCGCCUCUACCUCGGCCACGACGACGACAUCCUCAGCCUCAGCAUCCACCCCAUCAAGGACUAUGUGGCUACUGGGCAGGUUGGAAGAGAUGCUGCUAUCCAUAUUUGGGACACCCAGACCCUGAAAUGUUUGUCAUUGCUCAAAGGCCAGCACCAGAGAGGAGUGUGUGCACUGGAUUUUUCAGCUGAUGGGAAAUGUUUGGCAUCUGUUGGGCUGGAUGAUAACCAUGCCAUUGUGUUUUGGGACUGGAAAAAGGGAGAAAAGCUGGCAACAACCAGGGGCCAUAAAGAGAAAAUAUUUGUAGUGAAGUGUAAUCCACAUCAUGUGGACAGACUAGUCACAGUUGGGAUGAAGCACAUCAAAUUUUGGCAGCAAACAGGUGGAGGCUUCACCUCCAAACGGGGCACAUUUGGGAGUGUGGGGAAGCUGGAGACCAUGAUGAGCGUCUCCUACGGGCGCAUGGAGGAGCUGGUGUUUUCUGGGGCUGCCACUGGGGACAUCUACAUCUGGAAGGAGACCCUGCUGCUGAGGACAGUGAAGGCCCAUGAUGGACCUGUGUUUGCCAUGCAUGCACUGGACAAGGGCUUUGUAACGGGUGGAAAAGAUGGAAUUGUGGCCCUUUGGGAUGAUACGUUUGAGAGAUGUCUGAAGACAUAUGCUAUUAAAAGAGCAGCACUCUCUGCUAGUUCUAAAGGUUUACUUUUAGAAGACAAUCCCUCCAUCCGAGCUAUCAGCCUGGGACAUGGGCACAUCCUGGUAGGAACUAAAAAUGGAGAAAUACUUGAAAUUGAUAAAAGUGGACCUAUGACUCUGCUUGUUCAGGGCCAUAUGGAAGGAGAAGUGUGGGGCUUGGCAGCUCAUCCUCUCCUACCUGUGUGCGCCACUGUGAGCGAUGACAAAACCCUGCGCAUCUGGGAGCUCUCGUCGCAGCACCGCAUGCUGGCAGUGAGGAAGCUCAAAAAAGGCGGGCGCUGCUGUGCCUUUUCUCCCGACGGGAAAGCCCUGGCGGUCGGGUUGAACGACGGCAGUUUUCUGGUGGUGAAUGCUGACACUGUGGAGGACAUGGUCUCUUUCCACCACAGGAAGGAGAUGAUCUCGGAUAUAAAGUUUUCACGAGAAUCAGGAAAGUACCUGGCUGUGGCUUCCCAUGAUAACUUUGUAGAUAUUUACAAUGUACUUACCAGCAAAAGGGUUGGCAUUUGCAAAGGUGCCUCCAGCUACAUCACCCACAUCGACUGGGAUUCCAGAGGAAAGUUAUUGCAAGUCAAUUCUGGUGCCAAAGAACAUCUAUUUUUUGAAGCACCAAGGGGGAAAAGACAUAUUAUAAGAAUUGCUGAGAUAGAGAAGAUUGAAUGGGACACCUGGACAUGCGUGCUUGGUCCCACCUGUGAAGGAAUCUGGCCCAUGCACAGCGAUGUCACUGUUGUCAACGCAGCCAGUCUCACAAAGGACAGAACCCUCUUGGCCACAGGAGAUGAUUUUGGGUUUGUGAAGCUCUUCGCCUACCCAGUGAAGGGCCAACAUGCCAGGUUCAAGAAAUAUGUGGGGCACAGUGCACAGGUGACCAACGUGCAGUGGCUGCACAACGACUCAGUGCUCCUCACCGUCGGUGGCGCCGACACCGCGCUCAUGAUCUGGACCAGGGAGUUCCUGGGCAUCCAGGAGAGCAAGCUGGUGGACAGUGAAGAAUCAGACACAGAUGCAGAAGAAGAUGGAGGUUAUGACAGUGAUGUUGCAAGAGAAAAAGCAAUUGACUACACCACUAAGAUCUAUGCAGUGAGCAUCCGAGAAAUGGAAGGCACAAAACCCCAUCAGCAGCUGAAGGAGGUUUCAGUGGAAGAGAGGCAGGGAAUUGUCAAGGGAUCAAGGCCACCUGUGAGCAGAGCUGCUCCUCAGCCUGAGAAACUGCAAAAGAACAAUGUCAACAAAAAAAGGAAACUAGUUGAGGAGCUGGCUUUAGACCACGUGUUUGGAUACAGAGGAUUUGACUGUCGCAACAACCUCCAUUACCUGAACGAUGGUGCUGACAUUAUUUUCCACACAGCUGCAGCAGGCAUUGUCCAAAACCUCUCUACUGGUAGCCAGAGUUUCUACCUGGAGCACACUGAUGACAUCCUGUGCCUGACAGUGAACCAGCACCCCAAGUACAAGAACGUGGUGGCCACCAGCCAGAUUGGUGACAUGACAGAAUUCCCAGGUACAACCCCCACAAUCCAUAUAUGGGAUGCCAUGAGCAAGCAAACCCUUUCCAUGCUGCGCUGCUUCCACACCAAAGGGGUCAAUUAUGUGAACUUUAGUGCCACUGGCAAACUUCUGGUGUCAGUGGGAGUCGACCCAGAACACACCAUCACUGUCUGGAGGUGGCAAGAAGGGGCUAAAGUUGCCAGUAGGGGAGGACACCUGGAGAGGAUCUUCGUUGUGGAGUUCCGCCCGGACUCUGACACUCAGUUCGUGUCCGUGGGGGUCAAACACAUGAAGUUCUGGACCUUGGCUGGCAGUGCUUUGCUCUACAAGAAAGGGGUCAUUGGUUCCAUGGAAGAUGCCAAAAUGCAAACCAUGCUCUCUGUUGCCUUUGGAGCAAAUAACCUCACGUUCACUGGUGCCAUAAAUGGAGAUGUCUACGUGUGGAAAGAUCAUUUCCUGGUCAGGCUGGUGGCCAAGGCUCACACAGGACCAGUGUUCACCAUGUAUACGACUCUGCGGGAUGGGCUCAUUGUUACUGGAGGGAAGGAGAGGCCCACGAAGGAGGGAGGAGCAGUGAAGCUGUGGGACCAGGAGAUGAAGCGGUGCCGAGCCUUCCAGCUGGAGACCGGGCAGCUCAUUGAGUGUGUGCGCUCCGUGUGCCGGGGCAAGGGGAAAAUCUUAGUGGGAACAAAAGAUGGAGAAAUCCUUGAAGUAGGAGAAAAAAACGCAGCUUCAAACUUGCUGAUUGACUGUCACAUGGAAGGGGAAAUCUGGGGUUUGGCAACACACCCCUCCAAAGACAUAUUUAUCUCUGCAAGCAAUGAUGGGACAGCCAGGAUCUGGGACCUGUUGGACAAAAAGCUGGUGAACAAGGUGAGCCUGGGGCACCCCGCGCGCUGCGCUGCAUACAGCCCUGACGGCGAGAUGGUGGCCAUCGGCAUGAGGAACGGAGAGUUCGUCAUCCUGCUGGUCAACAGCCUCAAGGUCUGGGGCAAGAAGCGGGACAGGAAGUCUGCAAUUCAAGACAUCAGGAUCAGUCCAGAUAACAGAUUUUUGGCAGUGGGCUCACAAGAACAUACUGUGGAUUUUUAUGAUCUCGCUCAAGGCACAACCCUAAACCGAAUUGGCUACUGCAAGGACAUUGCCAGUUUUGUCAUACAGAUGGACUUCUCUGCAGACAGCAGGUACAUCCAGGUAUCCACAGGUGCCUACAAGCGUCAAGUUCACGAGGUGCCACUGGGAAAGCAAAUCACAGACCCUGCAGUCAUAGAGAAAAUCACCUGGGCCACAUGGACCAGCAUUCUUGGAGAUGAAGUCAUUGGGAUCUGGCCACGAAAUGCAGAUAAAGCAGAUGUCAACUGUGCCUGUGUGACCCACGCUGGCCUGAACAUAGUCACAGGAGAUGACUUCGGGCUGGUCAAGCUGUUUGACUUCCCAUGCACGGAGAAAUUUGCCAAACACAAGCGAUACUUCGGGCACUCGGCGCACGUCACCAACAUCCGCUUCUCGCACGAUGACAAGUUCGUGGUGAGCACCGGAGGGGACGACUGCAGUGUCUUCGUGUGGCGCUGCCUCUGAGGAGCCUCUGGUUGCUGCUGUCAUGCCCCAGCGAGGGCUGUGCUGGCCGGGGCAGCUGGGAAUGCCCCUCCAGCUGCAGGAAUCCCAGCCCUGCUGCAGGCUGACAUUUCCAGAUCACUCAUCCCAAAUUACCAAAAGGGGAUGGGAGCUGGAAAGCCUGACACCCUUGCGAAGGAAGCUGUGGUUUGAAGGGUAACCUGGGGAUCCCAAAGGGAUGAACAGUUCACUCACAAAGCUGCUUUUGCCUAAUACUGUGUUGUUCAAACCAUGUCUGAAAAGGGAGAAAAUGCUGACAAAAUACUGGGCCCUUUAAUUUCUGAAUUUGUGGCUUGAACAACGUUCAAGAAGUGGGUGGGUUUUAACCACACCUGCUUAAAAGUCCAAUUUUGUGAACUCAGUAAAGCUGGGAGCAUUUAAUGAGCAGGCUGGGGACAGGGGAGGUAACCCUUCAGCUUUCAUUAAUUGAAGGAGCAAAGUAUCCUUUUUUUUUUUUUAAGUCCAUUUUAUUUUUAAAUAUAUAUACUUGGCAGAAUUUUCUAUCCAUGAAGUGCCUUGGAAUAAUUUUCUAGUAGUUUGGGCUGCAGCCUUGCCUCCCCCCACCUGCUUUCCACACAUGGUGCUAUGACUCUCACCCAGAGGAGGGCUAAACCACUCUCACCUUUUCCAGCUGGGUGCUUACACGAUCCCUCUUUUCUGCUUUGGUUUUUUAAUACCUUCACAAGUGAAUUCCCCACUGUUUCCGACAGCAAGCAGCUCUGUGCUGUCAGAAGGCCAAAGUGACGGCAUUCCAGCUCCUGGGCAGCUGCUCCUGCAGCCAGCAGUGCAAGCUAAACUCCAACAGUGAGUGAGAGGAAGUGUUCCUGCAUGCUCCCCACUUCUGGGAAAAUGUGCUUUACACUCCUACAGGCAAUGGCCAGCCAGAAUCUUGGCCUGGUAGGAAAGCCUCCAUCAAUCCUUAUUUCCUGUUCUGGAGCGGGGUCCUAAGCCUUCAAAAACAUCCCUGGAAUGUCCCUAUAGCAGGGCUAUGUGUUCCCUCCAGCCAGUCCAUGCUGGUUGUAAGCAAAACAUAAAUCCUCUGGUACCAGGAAAUGCAGCUUUUUUUUUUGGGGGGGGGGGAAGCUUAUUGCGGAUGACUCUGGGCUCCUCUCCCUAUCCCUGCUUCUCCUUCACCCCACAGAGCCUCUUGUCCUGGCCUGGGGGACAGCCGAGAUCAAAGGAGAGCUGCCUCCAUGUGAAAGUGGAACCACAGACAGAUACUCCCAAAAGGCAACUCAAACCCUUCAGUAUUUGUUAGAAUAUUUUGACAAAACCAAAAGCUCAAGGGACAGUGGAAUUGGAGAAAGUUUAAAAAGGAAUAGCAAAUAUGGGCAAUGCCAAAAUAUGUAUUUUAAGAUAUUUAAGAUUCUGGGCAUGGAACAACAGCCAUAUUUUGAAAUUAACUUUCUUAAUUAAAAAAAUAGAGGCCAAAAUAAAACAUUUAGACUUACAUUUACUCUCUGAAAAGGAACAGUGCUUUAGUCCCAGUUCAGGACAAUAGGAUUUUGAACUCUGGAACCUUCCUGCCAGUCUGUUUCUGCUGCCCACUGCACAGAAAAGUAGCAAAACAUCCCAUUAAAGGAGUGUAUUCCUGUCUGUUUAACACAUGAAGUGCUUCAGCAACCUCAAAAAAUCACCUUUUUUUUUUUUUACAAUUGAAUUUAUUAAUGCCUUAUAUGACUAUACAGCAGAGCAGUUUGUCAGAUACACAGUAUGAGUCCCUAUGCAGUCUUUUUUUAUUUAAAGAAACCUUCAGGAUCAAAUCCUGUUCUGUGAGGUGCUGCCAGCAGCGAGCACCUCUGCCUAUGUUGUAACCACUCAUGUUUGCCUUCCUUACACAUUGAUUGUAUCCCAAAUAAAACCAGUUGCGUGGCAGAAUGAAUUAAUCAACAGUGAUGUGAGAAAUAUCUUCAAGCAAUAGUGUCUGUCAGGAAAACACUUACUUAUGGUUUGUAUGUCUCUAUGGUCUGGCUUCCUGUAUAAAAUGCUCAGAAGUAAUGCUGUAUUGUACUGAAAUACUAAUGCAUGAAUUUCUAUUUUUCAACGGUCAAGAUGCCAUUCACUUAAGAUCUGCAUAUAAAAUAAAUUUGUACACAAGUUUUCUAUGUCCAGCUCUUAAAUCAGAAUCAACACUUUGACCUGGAAACAUUAUUGGGACUUAUUUCCUUCAAACUUGAAAAUGGCAUUAACCACUCCUGUUUCAAAAUCCAAGAGCCUGACACCCUCUGGAGCUCCCUGGGACUCUGGAGGUGGCCCUGAGCAGCUCCUUCAUGCUGCAGAAGAAGAAGAAGGACCCUGACAAAUCCACCCUACACCGCGCUCUACUGGGACACUACUGCCACCACCAUGGACAAUGGGUAUUUAUCACAAUGAACUUCAAAUAAACACAAAUAGAUUAAACUUGCCUCAAGAAAGCCAAA